UGUCGGCAGUGAGAUCAUGUGAGAGUCCACGCUUGGAGAAAGUAGGUUAGCAGGGUAGACUGAGAGGAAGGCAGGCGGACAAUCACAGCUCAGAGAGAGAGAGAGAGGCGCAUACAGAGAGGGGGGGUCGCCGAUCACCAGCACUAUUCCACCGUGGAACUAUUCGGACAGAAAAGAAAAACAGAAAGAAAGCUGAUCCAAAUCUAUUCGUCCUGUGCGUCGAGACGCGCGUUUAGGAUGCGAUCCAAAGCAACUUCCUGCACUCUUUUAUUCUGUUCGGACUUCACCGAGCGAUAAAAGCGAAGGAGAAGAGUUACGGUGAAUAUUGACGGAGCCAGCGUCCUCGGGCUCCUGCGCUUUUUCUCCUCCUCGGUCCUGUCACCUACUGUCGCCACAUGUAGUCGAGUUUUUCUUCGCCCUGAUCUAGAGACAAGAAAACACCAACCAUGAGAGCUCAGAUAGAGGUCAUCCCCUGUAAGAUCUGUGGGGACAAGUCCUCAGGAAUCCACUAUGGAGUCAUCACCUGCGAAGGCUGCAAGGGUUUCUUUCGUCGGAGCCAGCAGAACAAUGCCAUGUACUCAUGUUCCCGACAGAGGAACUGCCUGAUUGACCGAACUAACCGUAACCGCUGCCAGCACUGUCGACUACAGAAGUGUCUGGCUUUGGGCAUGAGCAGAGAUGCCGUGAAGUUUGGUCGUAUGUCAAAGAAGCAGCGCGACAGCCUCUACGCUGAAGUGCAGAAGCACCAGAAGUCCCAGGAGUGUGUGGGCUCUGGAGGCGAAGGCUCCACCACUCUUUCUUUACCCAGGGAUGAUGGAGUCUGCGGAGGCAGUGGGGAGGAUGGUGAAGAGGGCCUGAGUCGGUCCUAUAGCAGCGGGGGAUCCAGCUCCACCCUCAGUGACCUGGACGACAUUGCAGCAUUGCCUGACCUGUUCGAUCUGCCACUGACCCCAGAGGAGGCCAGCGAGUACUGCAGUCUGGAGCUGCUCGGCGGGGGCACCAGCACCGGCAACACCUCUAACUCAUCGUCCUCCUCUUCUUCCUCCUCAUCCUUGUCCAAUCAAAAUUCCCCACAGCAGUCUGUACUGGACGGGGUGGACGGCACUGGGAUACAGCUCCUGCACACACACUCUCACACGCAUGUGCUGCUGGGACACACACUGCUGGACCAUCUGCCUGAUGACUGCUCAAUAUCAGACCUUGAGCGCAUCACUCAGAGUAUCGUUAAGUCUCACUUAGAGACGUGUCAGUACAGCGCAGAAGACAUGAAGAGAUUCACCUGGGUACAAUACACUCCUGAGGAAACACGUGCUUUUCAGAACAAGUCAGCUGAGUGGAUGUGGCAGCAGUGUGCCCACCACAUCACCAACGCCAUCCAGUACGUGGUGGAGUUUGCCAAACGCAUCACUGGCUUUAUGGACCUAUGCCAGAACGAUCAGAUAAUACUGCUGAAAGCAGGCUGCUUGGAGGUGCUGCUGAUACGUAUGUGCCGAGCUUUCAACGUAAACAACAGCACCAUCUUCUUCAACGGAAAGUUCGCUCCGGCCCAGUUCUUCAAAGCACUUGGUUGUGAUGACCUGGUCAGUGCAGUGAUCGACCUUGGUAAAGGACUCUCCCGUCUACAGCUGUCUGAUGAAGAGAUGGCUCUGUUUAGCGCUGCCGUCCUUCUUUCCCCAGAUCGACCCUGGUUGACAGAAGGCCAAAAGGUUCAGAAACUCCAGGACAAAGUCUACCUGGCUCUGCAGCACAGUCUACAGAAGAGCGGUACUUCUGACGAGAAACUGGACAAGAUGAUAUCCAAGCUGCCCACAAUGAAGUCUAUCUGUAACCUCCACAUCGACAAACUUGAGUUUUUCCGUUUGGUCCACCCAGAGACCGCCUACAGCUUCCCGCCACUGUACCGGGAGGUUUUUGGCAGCGAGAUGUCUCUGCCAGACUCCACAGACAGCUAGACAGAUAGAUAAACACACAAGAGAGAUGGAGAGUGUGUAUUAAGUGGUAGGGAAGCAAAAGGAGCGACAAAGAAGGAUAGAGAUGUUGAAGCUCAAAAACCAGCAGUUAAGAGACAAUCCAGGACUUGUAAUACUUCGUCUCCCAUGAUCCCAAAGUAGUCCUCCAUUUUCUCAGCAGGCAAAGCACCUUACACUACAGACCACACAUGCUUAUGGUCCCCUGCAUAUUGUAGCAUUAACAACGAGCGGAUGGACACUGUAAAAUAAUGACAGCACAGCAGCCCGCAUAGCAUUAAACAGCUCCAAGCUCUAGGACUUGUUUUAAGAUCAGAUCCGCUGUGGAUCACCCAAACAGUUAUGAAUGUACCUCAUUGAUGAGCACUAGUGCACAAGCCAGAACCCAACAACCGUGAAUGUACGACCCUGCCACUCCAAGACACAUCGUGUUAGAAUGAAGUCAUAUUGAUCACCAGGUCUCGCAGUUAAUAUAGCUCUCAGUAAGUAGUUCUCUCUGUAAUAAAGCAUCUCAGUAUGGUACACAUGUGUAUUCGUACAGACAAUAUCUGACCAUUACUUAGGGACCAAGAACACACGUCAUUUUCUCUGCUAUAAAACGAAAACACAGAUACAAUAUGCCUCGUGGCUUAGGCUGACCUCCCACAUCAUUCGAGAACCAGUCACACACACAUUUAGACGGUGUUCGGUGCUGCCUUUUUUGUAGGAUCUUGUAAUGCAAUGAGAAACCUCAGUCCCAUACACCCCUUUCCUUGAAAAUGCCACUUAGAGACAGGACAAGAAGAAAA